AUGAUGAGUAGCAAAGGCUUUGGCUUUGACUUUCUGAUGUCAAUCUCUUGGGCUCCGCUCUUGGCCAAUUGCUUUUGUUUUGUUGAUGACACUGAUGUCUGCCAAGCGGCACCGUCUCCUGACCAGUCUGGGGAAUCUAUCGUCCCCGAGGUGGCCAAAGCACUGAAAUGGUGGUCCAACGGCGUCCGCCUGACUGGUGGCGCCAUCCGACCAGAUAAAUCCUUUUGGUACCUGAUUGACUUCAAGUGGAAUGCCCAACAAGGUGUAUGGAAAUUCCGGCGGAAGGGGGAUUUCAAAUCAUCUCUUCUUCCCACUGGAACGUCGGCAAUUGCGGUGGAACUGGAUGAUCUGGAUGGCACCCCAGUGCAUCUGCAGUGGUUGGAACCGAAUUGGCGAAGACUUUGGGUAUUCUGA